AUGUUUCAGGAUAUCAAUAUCGAGGAGUCAUCUAAAUAUCAAAAGAAGCAAUCGAUGAAUGUGAGCAAUAAUUGGUCAGCAUCAAAUCCGUCACUGUACGAUAUGUUGUCGAUGUUCUCCGAGACCGAGCGAUUGAAACCUGAGGAGUCUUGGUAUUGCAAUAAGUGUAAGGAUCAUGUGGAAGCAACAAAGAGGUUGCAGUUGUACCGAUUACCGCCGAUAAUGAUAAUACAAUUGAAGAGGUUUGUUUAUACGACAUCGAUAAUGUCGAUGCACAGAAGGUCGAAGGAUGACAGGGCAGUGAAGUACCCUGUGGCUGAGCUUGAUCUGGCGCAGUUCCUGGCUGAUUCUGCACCGCAAUCUCAG